UCGCAGAUCAAGAAGCCAGCUGAUCUUAGACCAACAAUCAAGCAAAGCUCCACCUCAACCGCCAUGGCCAGAAGCAGCAGCAGCUUCGCGGCUCUCGCCGCGGUCGUUGCCCUGCUCGCCGCCACGGCGGCGUCGGCGGCAGGGGAGAAGGAGACGCACCUGCGCGUGUUCUGGCACGACGUGGUGACCGGCGGCCCGAACGUGUCGACGGUGGUGCAGGUCGCCGAGGGCCCCUCGUCCAACGCCUCCACCACAGGGUUCGGCUCCGUCGUCGUCAUCGACGACCCGCUCACCGAAGGCCCCAACCUGACGUCGAGGCUGCUCGGCCGCGCCCAGGGCAUGUACGUCAGCACCGGCAAAGACUCGCUCUCACUGAUGAUGGUCAUGAACUUCGUGUUCGUCGACGGCACCUACAACGGCAGCAGCCUCGCCAUCCUCGGCCCCAACCCCGCCGAGCGGAGGGUCCGGGAGAUGGCCGUGGUCGGCGGCACCGGCGCGUUUCGGUUCGCCACAGGUUACUGCGAGGCCAGGACGCAGUGGAUCGACACCAGGACCGGCGACGCCACCGUCGAGUACAACCUCCACGUUCGCCAUGACUGAGACACGGGUCAUGCUGCGAGAAACCCAAACCCAACCGUUUCUGAUCGUCGUUGAUUUAAUGAUGAUAUUUUUAUAUGUUUAUUAGAGUUAGUAUAUAUGCGUGUUUUCUCCAUUUAUUUUGGCAUUGGUUUAAAGUUUGUUCGUGUGAAGUUGUCGGUACCCUGUACCAGGGAUACCCACUUCUACUGCAACAAGGCAGGACUCGCACAGUCAUAUGUGACUAAUGCCAUAAGAGGCGGAGCUGCCGGGCCCCACGAGUCAGGCUCCUACCCCACCGGGCCAAUGGCCCCGGACCUGCUCCCCGCUCUGGGACGGGUCCGGUGACGCCACAUGUCCCAAGAGGAGGG